AUGAAUCAUGAAAAUAUCGACGACUCAGAUGACAUACAAGACACCCCAAACAUAUCUAUACCGAAGAAGUCUAAGCUACUGUUCAAAAAAUUUAAACCUGUCAAAAAUGAAAGCGAUACUUCAAAAACAUCAAGAAGAUCAAAUUUGACUUUUGAACAGAAUGAUGAAGAGAAAGAUGAAGAUGAUUUUGACAUCAGAUUGACUUCAAAUAGAUCCGUAUUACGAGAUAAUACUUCAAAAUCUUCAAAAUUGUCAUUUAAAAGCACGAGGAGGGAGAACCAACAGGAACAACCAAGACGAAUACAACUUUCAAAAUAUAAGUCAAAACAGCCACUCACAGCAUCCACAACAAUAGAACCAAACCAGACUGACUAUAUUCCUGACAAAAUUGAGUCUGAUGAGGCCUUAGAAGUCUUGAGUUUCGACGAAGAAGAUCCUGAUAAUAAUCCUGUAAUUGCAAAUAUAGAUGAAAUCGAUGAAACUUUUAAACAAAAAUAUUUAAACAAGCGACCAAAUUUGCCAGAAAUAAAACCAGCUAAAAAAUAUGUACCAAUAGAGACAAACAAAGAACCAUCAGAAGAACCACUAUCUCGAAGAAAAUAUCUAACUCAAUUAUCAAAUGAAUAUAAAAAUUUUAAUUAUGAUGAUGGUACAGGAGAAUUUGAAAAGCAACAAAGACAACAAAAUCAAAUUGUUUCAGAUAUAAUUGAAGAAGAACCUUUACAUGAUUUUGAAUUAAGUGAUUCUGAUAUGGGUACUAUUAAAAAGCCAAAUUUUGAUUCAACAAAAUAUAAUUUAGAAAUUUCUGAAUCUGAAAAUGAUGAUGAAAAUAAUCAAAAUUUCAAAAAUAUGGAAGAAAUAAAGAUUUUAUCUUUUGAAGAACAAAUUGAAAAUCUUACAUCUUUGAUUAAUGCUGCCGAAAUUGAAACAAAAUUGAGAUCGAUCAAACGAACUGAGAUCUUACUGGAAAUUGAUAAAUAUGAAGAUAAAAAAGAAAAGAUUUUGCUUAUGUUAAAGAACCUUGUAUAG